UUUCAAUUUGAUUUAAAUACGAACAUGUGGUUUGAAAGCUAGGAAAGUCGGUCCAGGUUGACAAAGAUGUUCUACAAAUUCAUUUAGUAUUUUGGCGCAUAAAAUAGACCAUACAAAAUGUCAAGACACAGAAAUGUUCGUUCUAUGAACUAUGAAGAUGAGUAUUAUGACGAGGAUGACAUGUAUGGUCACUCUGUAGAAGAUAACUACUGCAUCUCACCAGGAACGGCUGCACAGUUUACAUUCAACCGAGAACGAAAUGUUGCUCUGUCAAACUACAUGGAUGAGCAAGGUGGGAUCCCGGAGGAAGACGAGGGUGACGAUACAGACGAGGGAACACCCCGCACCCAGCAUCGAAGUUCCCUUGAUUAUACUCGACCAAAGCUCACUGAUGUUGAUGAAGCAAAGUUAAAUUCUGUGCUGGAGGAAGUUAGAAAUGUCAUAGGAGAAGCUGUCCCAGAGGGUGUCAUGGUGGACACAAUUAUGAAGCAUAACUUUAGUGUCGAAGGAUCCCUUAAUGAGCUCCUUAAUCAGCAAGAAGCACCAAAACCGCAGAGAGAACCGAGGAGAGAAAGGAGGAACCGAUCACAAGAACUUGAUGAUGAGACAGAAAUUGAUUUUUCUAGUAGUUUUCAGGACAAUGUUUUCUCUUACAUUCCACAUAGUUUACAGGGUGUUAUGAAGUUUGGGGAAAGUGCUUCUCCCCAAUCCCCAUCUUUUUUAUUGCAGGAAAAAGCUGUUUUAGAUAAUCGCCUUGUAUCUGGAAAAAACAAAGAGCACUGUGCAUCCGGUUGUCAUUCCAUACAAUGUUCUAGUAAAAUUUCUCAUGAAGAUGUAAAAAACAUUUCACAAGGUACUCUCAAGAAUUGUAAUGCUCAGGAUCAAAAGCGUGAACUAGAAUCAAAUUCAGGGAAUGAAAAUAUUCAAAUUGGCUCUCAGUCACAAGUUCAAUCAUUAAGUCAUACAGAUAUAAAACAUUCAUUGUCAUCAUUGAUUAACAUGCAUGGUAUUAGGAACAAAGGAACAGAACAAAAUGUUAAUAAGGAAGAAAAGAUCAAGAUGCAGCAAACUUUGUCUGGCCUAGCGAAGAAGCAUUGUGGAAGCAACGUUUCCCCUGCAGCUCAACAAAGUCAGCAAUCAUUGUCUUGUGUUUCAGGCAACCAUCUACACAAUAAUAAUUCUUUAUCCGAAAUGGUAAAAUGUAACUCAGAUAACUCUUCCUGUUUAUUAGGACCAGCUGAAUCUCAAUCAGGUUCUUCACUAUUGUCAGGACUAGCUAAAACUCAAUCCAGUUCUUCACCUUUGUCAGGAUUAGCUAAAGCCCAUACAGAUAACACAUCACCUUUGUCAGGAAUAGCUAAGGCUCAUUUAAUUAACACUUCUCCUUUGUCAGGACUUGCUAAAGGUCACUUACAUGGCACAUCACCAUUGUCAGGAUUAGCUAAAGCUCAGUUAAAUAACACUUCACCAUUGUCAGGAUUAGCUAAAGCUCAUUUAGAUAACACUUCACCCUUGUCAGGACUAGCGAAAGCCCACUUAGAUAGCACAUCACCAUUGACUGACUUAGCUAAAGCUCAAACCAGUUCUACACCAGGAUUAGCUAAAACUUCGCUAGAUAACAUUUCACCAUUGUCUGAAUCAGCUAAAACCCAGUUAGGGUCUUCACCAUUGUCGGCCUUAGCUAAAGCAGAUUUUAAAAGUUCUCCUGUAGGAAUGUCAUUAUCUCAGCUUGCAGAAGCUCAUGGUGUAAAGAAGACAACAGUGACAACUGUCAGGGAAAAGAACAUCUCUGAGAACAAGGAGAACCAUGAUGUACUGAAGCCAAACUCGGGAUCUAUGUUAUCUUUCAAAAAUAAAGGUGACAAAGAUCAGAUUAUGCUGUCGUUGAGUAGUUUAAUAGAGAAACAUGGAACUACUGAAACUGCUGGCACAAAUGUUAAUAGAUCCAGAAAAAAUGAAGAAGCUGAACUCGGAAGCCAAGCCUCUGCAAGCCCUAAAGGUUUAUCCUUGGCAGAUCUUGCUAAGAAAAAGAAUCCUCAAGUACUGAAGGAAACAAAAGGCAUUGCCAAAAUAAAAAAAACAAAUUUGUUACUUGAAGGUGAUGAUACUAAAGAAUUGUCUGAAGCUAAAAAAGAUGUGAAAUCAACCAAUAGUGCUAAAGUGGAAUUUGUAGAUGUUGACUUAAUAGAGGAGAAGUUUAUAUGUUUAGAUGAUCUACAACUAGAGCAUUUCAAGAAUUACUUGAAAGAUCCAUCCAGUAUUGGAAAUGCUCUCUCUUUAAAGGCUGGUGUUAAACCAGAGGGAAAGAGAAGAAGGAAAUACAAGCAGAAGAAAUUUAGUUACAGGUGUCAAAUGAAAGGUUUGAGAGAGGUGCUGCAAGUUGAAAUGAGCAAGAUAAAACCAUUUGACUUCAGUACGCCGUCACCUGAUGAUAUCAUUAAACUGAAACAGAAGCAAGCUUUUAAUAGGAACGGUAAAUGAAAAGAAAGUUAAGGAAGGAGAUAACAGUGUGAACAAAGACGUUGAUCUCAAGACCAUAUGCCAUAAAGUAGUUGGAUAAUGUAAUAUAUUUAUAACUGAACCAAGGAAUUAAUUUAAUUACAUUGACAGUGUUGGAUUUUUUUCCUAAAUGUUGCCAUAAUCGGAGACCUUUUUUAUGUAUUUAUUACUGUGCAGUGUUUUCUUUAUGUAUUGUUUUGACUUCUGAGAUAGGUUUUCUGUAUUGUUCGUGUGCUUUAAUGUCAAGCAUGUUGGUUGUCUAUUAGUCAUAAAAACUCUUCCAUCAGCAUUUUAUUAUGAAAGAAAGUGCAUCUUGUUAACUUCAAUACAGAUUGCAAUGAUACUUUACAGGUAUCAGUAAACACCCCAGUUCUAGAUAAUUAAGCUUUAUUGCCAGAGUGGUUACAACCAAUUGCCUCUCAGUGCUUUGGAUACAAAAUUAACAGAGAUAUAUAUGUUGUGAAUCAUUGCAUUGUGGUCAUUCCCUUUGAGUGAAAAUAGUCCCCGUCUUUGAUUUCAUUUUGCAUUUUCUAGCAUCCGAAUCUUUUACAAAAGUUACAUGAACAGAAAAGGUGAAAGCUAAGCU